AUGAUGAACUCAAAAAAGAAGAACUCUCGCCGGAAAUCAAUUCAACCGUCGCCUGGUGGACUCAUCACUCCGAUUGUUCAGCUAAAAGACGAAAAAGAACGAUCAAACAAUAGUAGAAGAAACUCGAUCACAGCUUUCUUUUUCCCGUCAAAAGAUUCUGAGAACACAUUGAUUGAGAGCACAAGAAAGGGAAAAACUUCACUCUUUGAGGAGGAAACGUUUGGAAACGAGUGCGACUAUUUGUGCAUUGAGGGUCCAUCAAGCUCUCUUCAAUCACCAAUCGUUUUUGAAAAAGUCCGUCGCGGUUCCCGGUCUUCCACCUCCAAUUCUUCAUAUUCUCUUUUUCACUCAUCCGCUGGCCCGAUUCUUUCCACUGUUGGCGCCACUCUUUCAGCUGAUGCUCCGCGCUGGAUGGGACGAGGAGCAAUGCGGGUAGUUGUUGUCGGCGCAAAGCGUUGCGGAAAAACAUCGAUCCUUCGACAAGUGGCUUGUCUCGAGGAUGCCACGAAAAUGCCAUACAUGCCGACUUUAGAUGACACUUAUCAAGUGUUAUUAGAAGAAGCGGAUCGACCCAGAGAAAUCCUUGUCUUCCACGAUACAGCCGGCAUCCCAGAGUAUGGGCCGAUCGAGUUGAGAAGGCCAUAUAUACAAGUCGCUGAUGCAUUCGUUUUGGUUUAUUCCGUCAAUGAUCAUGAGUCGUUCAAUCGAAUGGAUUUACUCAAGAAAUUCAUCGAGAAACAAUUCGGAAAAGAGAAGAAAGAGGUUCCAAUCGUCGUUUUGGGUACAAUGUGCGAUUUGCCUGGGCGAAAAGUCGAUGCUGAUUUCGCGCAAGCUUGGGCACAAAGGGAAAGGGUGCGCCUCUUCGAGGUGACGUCAACCGAUCGGAGCACGCUCGUCGAUUUCGUUCAAUACCUUGGACAAAGGCAUUUCCAUCCGCAAAAAGAUUCUCUGAAGUUUUCGCUCUCGAAAAAGCUCAAAUCGGAAAAGUCGAAUCCGGCGAUAUUGAUGGAUUUC